CCAAAACGGGACCCUCGCUGCUUGGGGAAGGUUGACACCCACUCCCUCUAACAUAUUGACUCGCUUUCCCGGAUCCCCGUCGGCUGCCUUCGCCAAGCAGCACCAUGUCGGCGAGCCCCGGACCUUUCUUGGUGUGGGUCCAAGAAGUGGCCUCGUUGCUUAUGUUGCGAGUGCGUCGCACGGUCCUGCAGACGGCCAUUUUGUUGUGCGUGCUUUUGCUACUCCUCUGGAUCUCCAUUUUCCUUUACGGCAGCUUUUACUACUCCUACAUGCCCACGGUCAGCUACGUCAGUCCCGUUCACUACCGAUUCAGGACGGACUGUGGCCAGCCUGGACCUGAACUCUGCUCCUUUCCUGUUGCCAACAUUUCUUUCAUCAAGGACAGCCGAGACCAGGUUCUCAUGUACGGCCAACCUUACCGGAUGUCGCUGGAGUUGGACUUGCCCGAAUCGCCGGUCAACCAGAAUCUGGGCAUGUUCAUGGUCGUGAUUUCUUGUUACACCAAAGGCGGACGCGUCAUUUCUUCCUCCGCUCGGGCCGCCAUGUUGCACUAUCGUUCACGAUUAUUACAGAUCCUCGACACACUCGCUUUCGCUGGCCUCUUCCUCGCCGGUUUUACGGAACAGAAACAAAUCGUGGAAGUUGAAUUAUACUCGGAUUACAAAGAAGAUUCGUAUAUUCCCACCAUCGGGGCCGUGAUUGAAAUCCAGACGACUAGAAUCCAGAUUUAUGGGGCCCAGCUGAGAAUUCACGCGCAUUUCACUGGAUUGCGGUAUAUCCUGUACAAUUUCCCUGUGACUUCGGCCAUUUUGGGAGUGGCCAGCAACUUCAUGUUCCUGAGCGUCAUCGUCCUUUUCAGCUACUUGCAGUGGAUCUGGGGCAGUCUGUGGCCUAAAGAAACUCUUUCUGUACAGAUCCCAGGCAGGGAGAAAUCUGGGCCAAUGCAAGCUUUGGACGAUUCACGUCGGCAAGUUGUGUUUCCUAAAGAAGGAGGCGAGGUAGAAGAAGACAUUUCUCCGCUGGAGCCAGAAGAUGUCGGAGUUGCUGAAGGAGAGAAAUCAUCCAAAGAAGCGUCCACGACGGAGGUGAAGAAAAGCAGUCUUGAAAAAUCCGAUUUGGGGACAGAACCCACCGUGGGCGCCGGCUCAAACGAAGAGGCAGAAUACGACUCUCCGGACGAGAUUCCCCUGCUCUCUGAGGUCAACCUUCCAGCCCCUUCCCAAGAGGGAAACAGCUCGGAUAUCCUGCCCCCUGUAACCCGGACCCUCUCUCUCAGCUCGGAGGUCCGCCAGAGAAGUACCUGCUCAAGUUCCUGAUGGGUCACGAGUUUGAGUCCUGCCGCGUGACACACACACCCCAGCAGCCCACCGCAGGCCUUGCUCUCCCGAGGGCUGCAUUUUACUCCCUGCUUAGGUUUACAUUCCAGUCCCUUCUCCGUACCCACAAAACACUGUUAAGUUAAAUAAAAGUUGAAC